AUGAUUACUCACUUGGUCUUUGAACUCGAAAGGGACAGCUGCUCUCCACCAUUCAAAAAUAAAGAUGAUGAUUCGCCAUAUCUUGGAUGGGAUCCAAUAUGGGAAUCGGAUUUGUUCGAAAUCGGUUCAAUACUUUCUCAGACUAUUAAACAUAAACUUGAAAAUGUCGAUACUUCCAAUCGAGCGAUAUUGGUUCAAGAGCCAUCUUCAAGAGGAUUAUCAAGUUUCGUUAGGAAUAGAGGAUCCUUCUUACCUGAUCGAUUGGCUCUCAAACCUUCUUCCACCACUCAAGAUAAUAUUCCAUGA